GGGGACUUCGUCGUACCUGGGGCGCAGACUGCUUUCUUCCCGGCUCCCCGCCGCCCUGCAGCCAUGGCCUGGCAGCCUAUGGAGAUCAAUCCCGAGAUGCUGAACAAAGUGCUGUCUCGCCUGGGCGUGGGUCCCGGCUGGCGCUUCGUGGACGUGCUGGGCUUCGAGGAGGAAUCGCUGAGCGCCGUGCCGGCCCCGGCCUGCGCACUGCUCCUGCUGUUCCCCCUGACGGAGCAGCAUGAGAACUUCAGGAAACAACAGACUGAGAAAAUAAAGGAUCAAGAAAUCAGUUCCAAGGUGUAUUUCUUGAAGCAGACAGUCAGUAACUCCUGUGGGACAAUUGGUCUGAUACAUGCAGUUGCUAAUAAUAAAGACAAACUGAAGCUUGAUGAGGGGUCUGUCCUGAAGAAGUUUCUUGAUGAAACAGCUGAUCUGUCUCCUGAAGAGAGAGCUAAGCAUUUUGCAAAUAAUAAGGCUAUACAAGAAGUCCACAAUUCGGUUGCGCAAGAAGGACAAUGUCGGGUUGAGGACAAUAGUGUGAACUUCCACUUCAUCUUGUUUGUCAAUGUGGAUGGACAUCUGUAUGAAUUGGAUGGCCGUUUGCCAUUUCCUGUAAACCAUGGCACAAGCUCAGAUGACUUGCUAUUGAAGGAUUCUGCUAAGAUCUGCAGACAAUUUACAGAACGUGAAAAAGGAGAAGUUCGUUUUUCUGCUGUGGCUUUCUGCAAGUCUGCCUGAGACUCUGAAGAGAUGCAAGGAAAGCAGUUUAAUAGCACACCAGUAAAUGCAGUCUAAGCUCCAGUGCUUCAGUACUUGUUAAACACAGCUGUUCUGGUAAUUUAAAUUGUUUCCACCUUUUGCUAUACACAGGAGCAACAUCAGCUGAGCUUAUGCUAAAGGAUGAGCUCAAGUUUUAAUGUGAACAGUUUGGACACAUAAGAUGUCUUUAGACUCUUUUUUCACAUGUUAAGUAGAAAAUGCUUAACAGGGCUUGUUUAAUCUGUGUCAUGUUAAUUGAGCUGUUGGUUGAUAUUUCCUUGUCCUUAACCAGA